UUUUGUCCAAGAUUUCCGCCUGUCAUGUUUUUUCUCUCAUUUUUAGAUACCAAUAACAAUAGAAAUAUACUAGUUCACCCCCCGAAAAUAUAUAAGAAAAGUGAAACGAUCGACUAGUACUAGUGUGUUGGGAAAAGGAAAGUAGGUUUUUUUGUUGUUGUUGGGUUCACUUUAUGGCUUCAAGGUUGUUGUGGGCUUCGAGGGCCGCCUCAUACCUCAGGAUCUCAGUUUUCCACAGAGGCUUUUCUUCUGUUUUGAAGGAUCUUAAGUAUGCAGACUCUCACGAGUGGGUGAAAGUGGAGGGGAAUUCUGCUACUGUUGGUAUCACUGAUCAUGCUCAAGAUCAUUUAGGGGAUGUUGUGUAUGUUGAAUUACCGGAAGUGGGGGCUCCUGUGGAACAGGGCAGCGGCUUUGGUGCAGUUGAAAGUGUCAAGGCUACUAGUGAUAUUAAUUCUCCUGUUUCAGGGAAAAUUGUUGAAGUUAAUGAAGAGCUCAGCAGCUCCCCUGGUCUUGUUAACUCAAGUCCAUAUGAGAAAGGAUGGAUAAUUAAGGUCGAGGUGAGUGACAGUGAUGAAUUGAAGAACUUGAUGGAUGCUGAUAAGUACUCCAAGUUCUGCGAAGAAGAAGAUGCAAAACACUGAGGCACUCUGUUAGGAGUUCUUUCGUGGAUAACGAUGAUAAAUCAACGAAUCUGAAGAGUGCAAAGUGCACUUUUUUUUUUUUUUUCCUUUUUGUUUCUACCCAAACAUGUGCUUUUACUGCUCCUUUUUUGUGUCUUUAGAGCUAUAAAAUUUAAUACAUUUUCUAUCUUAAUUAAGAAAAUAAUGAAUUUGGGUUUUGCUCU